AUGACAGUUGGAAGUUACUUCAUGAAACUGUGUUACGGAGUAAUACAAGUUUGUCCUCCUGAACUAGAGGAUAUUGGGAAGCAAGUAGCACAAAAAUGCCAAGGACUACCUUUAGCUCUUCUAGUGGUCGCGGGGCAUCUUUCUAAAAUUGAAAGAACACAAGAAAGUUGGAAAGAUGUUGACAAAAGUGUAAGUAAAGUUGUUGCUAAUGAAUCAGAUAAAUGUCUAGGGGUGCUUGCUAUGAGUUACAAUUACUUACCUAAUCAUCUUAAACCAUGUUUCCUCUAUACGGGAAUCUUUCCGGAAGAUAGUGAUGUUAACAUAGAGAGAUUGAUCAACUUAUGGGUUUCUGAGGGUUUUCUAUGGGAAGAAUUAGUGGGAAGAGAUUAUUUGGAGGAUCUUGUUAGCAGGAAUCUGAUAAUGGUUAGAAACAGGAGAUCUAAUGGUGAGUGGAAAACAUGUGGUGUCCAUAAUCUAGUUCGCGAUUUAAUUUUAAGAGAAGCUGAGCAAAAGAAGUUUCUGCAGGUUACUAAAGAUCUUUCUGCAAAGAUGCAUCAUGUUCGUCGUUACAGUUUUCAUUCAAACAUUCAUCAGAAUGAUUUGUUGGAGUCAUCAUCAAUUGAUGUCACCCGCACUAUGCAUUUCUUCCGUGGAUUAGGUUCUAAACAAGUCCCUCUUUUGGCAUGCUUCAAAUUACUAGGAGUGUUGUCAGUCGUUCCGUAUGGAUUUGAAGAUUUUCCUCUUGUGAUAACAAAAUUAGUACAUCUUACAUACCUUCAAUUACGCAGUUGUGAUGAUCCUCACGGUUAUAAUUCUCCAACUAUACAUGAGACAGUUUGGCAAAUGAAACAUUCAAGGCAUCUUAAGCUGAGGCAGUCAAUUUCUCUCCCUAAAAAUCCAUCAAAUAAGCUGCAAAACUUGGAAGGACUUUCCUGUCUAAGAUUGUCUAGCUGUACUUUUGAAUUGUUUUCCGCUAUUCCAAAUCUUAAGACGCUUAUACUUCGUGGAAGUCAAAAGGAAUGCCAGGGUGAUCAGAAGAUGUUUAAGCACCUAAACAGCCUUGCCUGUUUAAAAAGACUCGAACAGUUGAAGAUCAGAUGCAAAGACCUAUACUUGUUCCCAAUCCCAUGUAAGUAUACUUUACCUACAUCUCUGAGGAGCUUGACUUUAAGCUAUACUUACUUACCUUGGGAAGACAUGGCAAAUAUAGUGAAGUUGCCAAAACUCGAAGUACUUAAAAUAAAAAACUAUGGAUUUUAUGGUGAUGUGUGGAGAUUAAAUGAUGGAGAGAUUUUCAAUCAACUUAAGUUCCUCCUAAUCAGGACAAAUGAUCUGAAGCAGUGGAAAGCUGGUAGUGUUAACUUCCCAAUGCUGCAGCGCGUAGUUCUGAGAACAUGCAUAUACCUGAAGGAAAUCCCUUAA